AUUAACAAGCUGUGUCGUGCGCUGCACAUGAUCAGCCAUGCUUGCUAAGUCUGUCUGUUGGCUGUUGCUAUGGCUACGGAAAGCCAAUGGAACCCAAUGAGCUGUCGCCGCCGCAGCGCUGAGAGGACCAGCCAUUUUACUUAUGGAAAGCACUGUGUGGCGUCGAGCUUCGCGGUGGAAGAAGCAUUUAUUUCUUUGAAUCUUUUGAGAGGGGAGAGCCACAAUGGGCAUGCUAGCGCACAAUCAUUGCAGCCACGUGUGCCUGCGAGCUGCCCCUGCGACAAGCUGUUGACUGCUGUUGCAAUUAGCUGAUUGGAGCGCGGGGAAUGCAGGGUGAUAAUGCUGCGUAUCCGCUCGCGGGCAGCAGGAAAGGGUUUUGUCUCUGGGAAGGCGAGCCUUCCCCGCACAGUUAUCUCAGCAGCUCCCCAGCUGAGAGAACUGGGGCUCUGAAGAGAGGGUGUCGCCCUCUGCUAGCACGGAUCCUGAGCGAGGCUGCUGCUGCUGCUGCUGCUGAGGAGCCGCGGGUCUGGGAAAGCAGGUGUGUGCUCGGAUGGGCACUGGGCUGGAACGCAGGCGGACGCUCUCGGGUUCACCUGCUUCCUGUGAACAGACUGUUAGCUCAGAGCAUCUGCUCCAGCACGCUGACGCUGAGAAAGGGGCUCCGGGCAUCCCACUUGACUGACGGAGACGCUUGGAGUGGACUUAAUCUUAAACCUCUGGAGGUCAAGACCUUUUAAAAAGGGCUACAUAAACAAUCUCUACACGGAAAAGGCCCCUGACUUGCGCUUCCUCUGUUGGAGCAACUGUGAAGUUCAGCCUCUUCAAGGAAAACUGAGGACUUUAAUAACAAGCCUUUCAAGGUGAAAAUGAAUACAGAUAGCGGUGGGUGUGCUCGCAAACGUGCCGCCAUGUCUGUUACGUUAACAUCUGUGAAGAGAGUUCAAAGUUCUCCAAACCUAUUGGCUGCAGGGCGUGAUUCUCAGUCUCCAGACUCAGCGUGGAGCUCUUACAAUGAUCGAAAUCCAGAGACACUGAAUGGAGAUGCCACAUAUUCCUCUCUUGCAGCAAAAGGUUUUAGAAGCGUCCGCCCAAACCUGCAAGACAAAAAAUCACCAACCCAGGCACCUCUUCCACCAGGCAGGAAAGAGAGCUUUUGUCAGUCCUUGAUAACCAAUCAAACAAAGGGUGACAUUUUAGACUCAUUAGUAACUAACACAGAAAGUCCAUGGUGCACCGAGAGCUUUACUAACUUUAAACCUCUCCAGGGAGCUAUGCCUUCUAGUGAAGAUUCUAACCAGACAAUAGUGUAUUCUGAGGAAUCCAACACAACUCUGUCAUACACACAAAAAAUCACUAAUCCACUACCAGCAGUCUCCGGCUCCAGUCCUGCACCAUUUGGAGACAUUAACACCCCAUUUCUACAAGAGGACUACACGCGAGAUUCUCGAAGAAUUUCUACCUUAAAACUAACCCCUAACCAGGACCUAGGGAGUAGUUCCCCAUUUAAAACACCACAGUUUUCCCAAUCCACUGACAUUCCAUCAUGUCUGAAAAGGUCUUGCUCACCAACCCCUAAGCCAGGACCUAACACACACACAGCAUCUCUUUCCAUUCAGAUAGCUCCCCAUUCAGGACAUGAUCUUGAAAGCCACCAACAGAUCCCUGAACGGCCUCCAGAGCCUGAAAAGAUACCUCUUCAGCAAGAGAGACAAACGUCUGCAGAUGCCGAGACCUGUCAGUCCCCAGCGAGCCAGAUAACCAUCAAUGGCAACUCUGGUGGCGCUGUGAGUCCAGUGAGUUACUAUCAAAGGCCGUUUUCCCCUUCCGCAUACUCCCUUCCAGCCUCACUCCACUCCAGCAUUAUCAUGCAGCAUGGCAGAUCGCUGGAUUCUGCAGAGGCAUAUUCCCAGCAUGCCCAGUCUCUGGAUGGCACCAUGGGAGGCUCCAUCCCACUCUACAGAUCCUCAGAGGAAGAGAAGAGGGUAACAGUGAUCAAAGCCCCUCAUUACCCGGGAAUCGGCCCUGUGGACGAGUCCGGCAUCCCCACGGCCAUUAGGACGACAGUGGACCGGCCAAAGGACUGGUACAAGACAAUGUUCAAACAAAUUCACAUGGUACACAAGCCGGAUGAGGACUCAGACAUGUAUAAUACUCCUUAUACAUACAAUGCAGGUCUGUACAACUCACCCUACAAUGCUCAGUCUCACCCUGCUGCGAAGACCCAGACCUACAGACCUCUUUCCAAAAGCCACUCAGACAAUGGCACAGAUGCUUUUAAGGAGGCGCCCUCCCCAGUGGCUCCCCCACAUGUUCCACCACGACCAAGAGAUCAGUCUUCAACAGAAAAGCAUGACUGGGACCCUCCAGACAGAAAGGUGGACACCAGAAAAUUCCGAUCGGAACCAAGGAGUAUUUUUGAAUAUGAGCCUGGGAAGUCGUCCAUUCUGCAGCAUGAAAGACCCCCCCCUCUCCCAACAACUCCGACACCUGUUCCCCGGGAACCCAGCCGGAAACCUCUCUCGGUGUCGCCCUCAACAGAUGGCCUGCGUAGCCCUUCCCCUCCGCCCCGGAGCUGUGUCCCCGCACCCCGUCAGAGUCCGAGCGCCCCAGCUCUCUCUCCCACCCGGACUGGUCGCAUAAAUCCAGAUGACAUAGAUUUAGAAAAUGAGCCCUGGUAUAAAUUCUUUUCAGAACUGGAGUUUGGACGUCCGCCUCCUAAAAAGGCUCUGGAUUAUGUUCAAGAUCAUUCUUCCGGUGUUUCCAAUGAGGCCUCCAUCUACCAGCCCUCCAUUGACAGAAGCCUGGAAAGGCCCAGUAGCUCUGCAAGCAUGGCUGGUGACUUCCGGAAACGGAGGAAGAGCGAGCCUGCAGUGGGCCCACCCAGAGGCUUGGGGGAACAGAGUGUGAGCAGGGCCAGCCCUGGCCGGGCAGACCUCCCAGGAUCGAACUCCACAUUUACGAAGUCUUUCAUUAGUUCCUCUCCUUCCUCUCCCUCAAGAGCCCAAGACCAUGAGUCCCCUAGAAGUUACUCAUCUACUUUGACUGACUUGGGAAGAAGUCUAUCACGGGAACGAAGAGGAACUCCAGAAAAAGAGAAAUUGCCUGCAAAAGCUGUCUAUGAUUUCAAAGCUCAGACAUCUAAGGAGCUAUCAUUUGGGAAAGGAGAUACGGUCUACAUCCUCAGGAAAAUUGACCAGAACUGGUAUGAGGGGGAGCACCAUGGAAGAGUGGGCAUUUUUCCAAUCUCCUACGUAGAGAAGCUAACACCUCCAGAAAAAGCGCAGCCUGCCAGACCACCGCCCCCAGUCCAACCUGGAGAGAUUGGAGAAGCCAUAGCCAAAUACAACUUCAAUGCGGACACAAACGUGGAACUCUCUCUGCGAAAGGGCGAUAGGAUUAUUCUUCUUAAAAGAGUUGAUCAAAACUGGUAUGAAGGGAAAAUCCCAGGAAGCAACAGGCAAGGCAUCUUCCCAGUUUCCUAUGUAGAAGUCAUCAAGAAGAAUGCAAAAGGUGCCGAAGACUACCCCGACCCUCCUCUACCCCACAGCUACUCUAGUGAUAGAAUUCACAGCCUAAGUUCCAACAAGCUGGCUUCCAGUGAACAGUCCUGUCUUCCUAUGUGCAAUGCUCUGCCCGGCACAGAGAAAGAAGCCCUCCAGGGGACUGGCCAAGAGUGCCUAUCUCUCACAGACUGGUGUCCACCAGCAAACCCAUUGGCCCCGACACCAUCCUCUUCCCUUGACAACUUCUUGGUUGAAUUAGAGAAGUUCAGUGCUUUAACCUUACCAUCUGACCAGGCCAAAGCGAACACCCUAAACCAGGUCAUCCUUGAAAUUAAGGAGGAGCCCUCUCAUCUCCCCCUCUCACUGCCUCCAGCAUCUCUACCAGUCAAAUCACCUCGCUGUCUGUUACCGUCUCCUCACUCAAAUACCAACUCAGCUGGGGCCCAGAAUGAUCAUACGGUGUCUCUUCAGAAUCCCACAACGGACACUCAAAGCAAAUUUAUAGAUUUGAAUAAAAAGAGAAGGGGCUUUUCAAACCCUACCAAAAUCCUUGAAGUCUUAGGCGAUAAAUUUGUGGCCUCUGCGUGCACCAACGUGGGUGCCUUGCCUAUAACUCUUCCUGCCAUUGGAGAGGAAGAUGAGGAAAUCUGUAAGGGGCUUGAAUACCAAAGAUGGCUGCCAAGAUCUCAAGAGCAAGAUACCAUGUGGUAUGACCACAAGAGUGCAGAGGUGACACCACAACUAUACAUCAAGGAAGAAGAAGAAGAGGAGGACUAUGACUGCUUAAAACAUUCACUAGGCAUUCGCACACAUCCUAGGAUUCCCAAGGAAGACAUCAAUGCAGCAAAACCCAGUAAUGAGCCAUCUUCAUUUGCUUCGGGAGAUCGAACUGCUUCGUCUUUCCCCAGCUGUCCAUUUCCCUCCCCUCCGUUUCAUUCUCCUAUGGCCUCUGUCUCUGACCUGGCCUGUGAGCUCUUUCAGCCCACCCAGGCCUCCUCACCUCCUCUCCUCCCCAAAUACCCUCAUCAGCAGGAGAUAAGUUCAUCAAAAUCCAAGGCUGAUUUAAAAAGCAAGACAUUUGUCCUGGGUAAGCCGCCUCGUAGCCCAGUGAUGUCUAAGCGGUCCUGCAGUUCACCUGACAGCAGUUCCCACAGGGUAGGGUCGGACACCCCCACCUGCCGCAGUCAUCCUGGCCGCCCUGGCUCUUCCUUAGGUGCCUGUGCUGUGAUUGGGCAGUAAAGUGAGGCUGGGGAGGAGUCCCUUGAGAUGUAACGGCCAGUAGUUGAGGAGCUACAGGCUGUGUGCUUUCCCUGUUGUAUGUGUCAAGUUUCUCAAAUCCAAAACGAUGCUAUCAAAUGCUUCCCUACGCAAACCGGAGCGCCGUGUGUGUGUGUUUUCUACAUCUGUCUCCUUCCCAUCUUCAAUUGCUGCUCUCCAGUCAUUGUUCUGAGUAUGGAGAACUAAAUUAAGUGUUGCCCGUUGUCUACCGAGCUCACCUGCUUCCAGUCCUGUCAGCUCCAGUGUCUCUCGGUUGCUAUGGAUGUAUUUUCAACUGUGGGCCAUUUCCUAAUAGUCUGUUGCUCGGGAGAUACAUGCCGCGUUCUCUCCACGCUGCCCUCUGUAAUGCUGCUGCUCUCUGGAGCCGGUGUGCUCCCAAUUCCCUCACAACUUUGAUUGAGCUUGGAGGUCCGUGGCCUCCCCUCUAACUAUUCAAUUCUGUAACAUCUGCAGAACUUGAGAACCGAUGGAUUCUAAACGGCACCCUGAGCUCUGGGGAAGGCAGCCAAGGAAUCUGGGGAUUUCCACCUACGCAUACCUCGGGGCUCCUUUCGCCGUGUCUAAGUUAAUGGACCCUGAUUUAGCUUUGGCUGGCCGGCCGGCCUCACAGCUAUGCUCCGCAUUUCGAGUUCUCUGGGCUUAAUUUUUAGCGUUCUUUUUUCCAUUUCAUACGUGCAAAUAGCGUUUUCUGUGUAAGGCGUUUUGUGUGUUGCUCUGUGUAGCCAGACCUACUUUUAUUGUUGAAGACGACUUGUAUUGCCAUAGGCAGAGGGAAGUGUCAGCUUGUUGUAGAUAUCCUUAAGUCUCUACUGAACAGCCUACUAGAGCUAACACAUAUACUUGGGGGUGGAAGGAAGAGAGAGAACAGACAGGGACAGACAAAGAGUGAGUCAGUUCUACAAAAAUUGAUAGCUGUCAUCCGUAAGUUCCCAGGGGUAAGAUGACAUGCUUUGAGUCACCUGAGGUUUUUCCCUUGCCCAUCUUUCCAUCUUAUAAAUUUGUGUCUUAGAUUCAAUAUGUUUGAGGACCAAAAGAUUCUCUUUUCUUUUGAUUUAUGCAGAGUGUGUUUCACCUUCGUAAUCUAAGAGGGAAAAUAGCCAAUAAGCAUAAGAAUGGGAUUGUUAGUUACCGGAGUGACAGCCAGCUAGUUCUGGCUAAUAUGUUCUACAGCUAGCAUUUUCUGAGAAAGAAUGGCUUGGGACCCAAGAGCUAUUUUUAACGCUUGCGAAGUUCUUCCACAUUUGUUUUUAAAGUAACAGCACAUACUUUUUAAGGAAUUCUCUAACAUAUAGCUAAUUCUCCUGGGAUAGGUUGAGAGAAGUAUAAAUAAAAACUUGACUUUUAAACUUCCAUCUGCAAUAGUGUAUGUGGUCUACUGAUCCCAGAUUCUAGGAUAGGUUUCAAACCAGCGUCAUUGUAAGCAGGGGUUUAUGAUUGUUCCUGGCUGUGAAAAACAGCAUGUGUUUAAAACCUGCCUCUUUUGUAUGCAUUUUUACAUUGUAUCCAUUUUUACAAACAUUUUUUAAAAAAGAAAAAUCAAAGGAUGUCGUAUGUACUUAUGAAAAAAAUUUUAAUGAAACUGUUGUUUUCAUACAGUUAAUACCCACAGUGACACUAAAAAUAGAAAAAAUAAAAAGUUAAAUGAUUAGGGUGCCAUGAAAAUAGCAUGUAUCAUUGGAUUUUCAAAUUUUUCUUGAACUCUAAAGCCUCACGGAAUAAUAUAAUCAAAGUAUAAUUCUUGCUCAAAUUGCCCUGUGUGGUAAUGGCAACCUGUUAACUUGAGAGUCGACGUCUCAGACUCACAGUCUGUGUAAGCCUCUCCACAUGCGCUAAGUGUAUAUCGUUCUGUAUUUACCUUAGCAGUGCUGAGGCGUUAUGCAUGAUAGAAACGCCUGAGCCGUUAAAAUAGAAAUGAACGCGGGCCGUAAACACCGAUGCCAGCAAGUCAUUUCUUCUCGAGAACUGAAAAUGCAGGAAAUGGGAGAGAUCAUGGUAGGAAAAACAGAUCAAUAUCUACCCUGUGGGCUUCAGAAUAUCCUUUCACAAUUAAUCAACACUGAAGGAAUUUGACCCACUUCAACCAAAGGCAAAGAACAACUUUUAACGUGUUAUUACCACUGCUUGCCAUUAGGUGGCAAUAGAGGGCAGACACAGUAGCAAAGAGCAUUCGGAAGCACUUUGCUUGAAUACCCACGGGACACACGAACAACAUCCGUACUAAGAACAAAACACAGGCGCUGACCUUAACCAAAUUAGUCCAUCUAGUCCGUCAUAAUACUUCGCUCAACAUGGGGCUAGUUAAUAUUGUCCUUCCAUCCCUUUUUAACAUUUAUUUGCCGUAGUAAACCACCCGAUGUCUUCAGGUUUAGAGCUUAACUAACAAAAAGCGAGGGUGAAUUAUCUAUCGCCACUGUGGUUUUCACAUGACGAGGCUAUAUUAGCUAAUUUUCUGUAUAAGGUUGAGGACAGAACUCUUUCCAUGGCAAAGGGAAGCUGUCAGGUGAAAUAUCUAUUGCUUUAUGGGCCCCAUGAGGGGGCAAGAUUCACCCUCAUCAUGUCUCACCCACUGAUCUUAGGAUGAGGAAUCUGAGCUGAAGGUCCACAGGCUGAUAGCAGACAGAUGCCCAUUCCUAAGUGACCAUUAACGCUACCGUUCAUCUAGCGGCCAAGACUUUGUAAACGAUAUCAACUCCAAUACUGCAACUAGACGACUUUUUGCAGAAGCAGGCCACUAGUUAUUAGUUCAUCUGAAGAUGAUUCGUGUUAAAGAAAGGCUUUGAGAUGUUUUCAAAAGUCACGCUCUUAUGAGGUAUACAACUUCUCUGUAGUAAAAGGGUUCUAUUCUGGGCUGAGGAUGUGAAUACUGUGGGGGAAACUGAUGGUUCAGGAGGGAAAAAGGAGGGGCCAAGGUUUGGAGGGUGUGAAGCAAGGGAAAAGACAUGUUUUGAAAGAUGAUUAAAAGCCAGGAAAUUUCUGGCUCACACCCACAGGAAUUAAGUGACCCCCACACUUAGAGAUACACCCCAGCUUCCCUGUCAAAGAGACAAUUCAUUUAAAUAAUUUUGGAAGCUGGAAAAUCAAAGGUACUGAGCAAGUAAGAGUCUAAUGUUGAUACUAAAUAAUGGACUGUAGCCUUCAAAUUAUAGAUCGCUUUAAGUUAACCAACAGAUUGAUUUAAAGUGGUAUUCAAUUGUUAACUUAGGGAAUUAGAAAGGGACUGGAAAUAUAAUACAUACAUAUGGAUGGCUUACACUUGCUUCUUCAUAUAUUUAAAUUGAUUAAUAAUCUCUUUAAUUACAAAUCUCAAAAAAUGUCUAGAGAAUGGUUUGGUCUUCAUUUUUUUUUUUAGACAGGCAUUUCCUAUGUAACCCUUGUAGGCUGGCCUUGAACUCACUA